CCCGCCAGUUGCCGAGGCUCGCGCCAAGCUGAUUGAAGAAAAGCAGCAUUUUCCUUUACACUUAAAUUUGUACUUUUAGUCAGUAUCUCGUUUACUGUUAAACCUUAUUGUACAAGCAGGUGUUCUAGUUUUGAUAGUCUUACGUUCAGUCUUGUUUAUGUCGUGAGUAUAAUGAAACUUAGCUAAUUUAGUAAUUCACUAACUAGCAAACCGCUAGCUAACAGCUAACUUGGCUAACAGCUAAAUUGGCUAAAGAUCCUUGCUGAUUAACAGAAACCUGCACAAUCCAUCAUUCUUCUACAUUUACCCAUACUUCACUGAAAAUGAAAGCUGCAGAGGACCAGGUUGUUGAAGAUGAUGCUCAUUUCCAGGAUGAUGACGAGUCCUUCUUCCAAGACAUUGACCUUCUGCAGAAACAUGGGAUCAAUAUGGCAGACAUCAAGAAGCUGAAGUUAGUGGGUAUCUGCACUGUGAAGGGGAUUCAGAUGACGACUCGCAAGGCUUUGUGCAACAUCAAGGGCCUGUCAGAGGCAAAAGUGGACAAGAUAAAGGAGGCUGCUGGGAAAAUGCUGAAUGUUGGUUUCCAGACUGCCUUUGAGUACAGCACAAGGAGGAAGCAGGUGUUCCACAUCACCACCGGGAGUCAGGAGUUUGAUAAACUACUGGGUGGAGGUGUUGAGAGUAUGGCUAUCACAGAGGCCUUUGGAGAGUUCCGCACAGGAAAAACCCAGCUGUCUCACACCUUCUGUGUCACUGCUCAGCUGCCAGGCGAGGACGGCUACUCAGGAGGGAAAGUCAUCUUCAUAGACACAGAGAACACUUUUCGUCCAGACAGACUGAGAGACAUUGCUGACAGGUUUAAUGUGGACCAUGCUGCUGUGUUGGACAACGUGCUUUAUGCUCGAGCCUACACCAGUGAACACCAGAUGGAGCUGUUGGACUUUGUAGCAGCCAAAUUCCACGAAGAAGGAGGAGUGUUCAAAUUACUGAUCAUCGACUCCAUCAUGGCUCUGUUCAGAGUAGACUUUUCUGGACGAGGAGAGCUGGCUGAGAGGCAGCAGAAACUGGCCCAGAUGCUCUCCAGGCUGCAGAAGAUCUCUGAAGAAUACAAUGUAGCAGUGUUUGUCACCAACCAAAUGACAGCUGAUCCCGGAGCAGGAAUGACGUUUCAAGCUGAUCCCAAGAAACCAAUCGGUGGGCACAUCCUGGCCCACGCCUCCACCACACGGAUCAGCUUAAGGAAAGGACGUGGAGAGAUGAGAAUUGCCAAAAUAUUUGACAGUCCUGAUAUGCCUGAGAACGAGGCCACGUUUGCCAUCUCUGCUGGAGGAAUCACUGAUGCCAAAGAGUGAAGGAUGAAGUGAAGAGACACAAUUGCCCGUUAAUGUUAUUUAUGGAUUUUAAUAUAUAUAUAUAUUUAGCUUUAUAUCUUUAUAUAACAUAUUCAAUUUACACUGACAAGCUUGAACCAUUGUUAUUUGGAUGUAUUUAUUCUAUUUAUGUGUUAUGUAGGAUUUUCCUUUGUUUCAUAGAUGUUCAAAUAAACACACAAA